ACAAAUGUCAUUACAAUUCUCAAUUGUCAAAAAUCUAAAUCUAAAAUAAAUUCAUUACUUUUAUUUCUGAAUGUGUGUUUUAAUGUUUAAAAAAUGACUACAAAUACUACUAAUACGAAAGGACCAAUUAUUGACCCUGGAUUAUGCCGCUGUUGUGGUACGGCGAAAAAAUGCCGCUUAUUAAACGUGGAAUACGAAUGGUGUGGACAAAAAGAAGUUUAUUCCGAUAUGUUUCUGGACUGUUUUGGAUUGUUGUUAUCACACUUGGAUGGCGAGGUGGAGGAGCGGUUGAUCUGUGCCAGCUGCGUGCUGCGGUUGCGAGAUGCAAUGUUAUUCCGCAAACAAGUGUUGCAGUGUGAACAGAUGCUGCUUAAGAACAAAAUACAUGCAGAUUCCAAUGAUAUUAAACUGAAAACUGAAGCGGAAAUUAAAGAGGAGAUGACAGUUGAUGAUGUUGUUGACAGUAUCUCAAACGAUGAUUGUCUAGAUGACCUAAAUGAUGUUGCCGAUGAUGCAGAUCUACAAAUAAAGGAAGAACCAACAAUCACGGACAACACCAAGUCAUCUAAAAUGAUCAAGAGAAGACCAAUUGAAGAUAUCAGAGCAAAGAAAGAACUCAUGCUGAGAAUGAAGAGGACCAAAGAGAAACUCAACAAGUUAAAAGAGAGAGAUAAAACUGACCGGCCAAUAGUGACUUUAGUGAAAAAGAAGACGCACGUAGAUAAAGAGUAUAAUGCUAUUAACAACGCGAUAACAAUGAUCGAGUGUUCGUACGUUUGUCCGUUCUUCACAAUAUACAGCGAUUAUUACUGCAUAUAUUGUAAGGAGAUGUUCACUGAUGCUGACGCACUCCGUGCGCACACCCUCACGCACGACCCGGUUACCUACAAGGACGUUAUGGACGCCAAAAAGAAUGUUCUAGUAGACAUCGACAGAAUCGAUUGUCGUUUAUGUCAAGCAAAUAUCGAUAACAUCGAUUCUUUGAAAUGCCAUUUGACUAAAAUACAUGGUAAAAUAAUAAACGAGGAAACGAGCAAUGAGUUUCUAAAGUUCAAACUGAGGACUGGAAAAAUGAGUUGCACGGAAUGUGGAAGGAGCUUUAAUUUCUUCCAGGCGUUAAGAAAGCACAUGGCUGAGCAUUUUGGCACCUAUAUCUGUGACGUUUGCGGGGCGCACUACUUCGAAGAACGACUAUUGACCUUCCACAAAAAGAUACAUAAUCCAAAAGACGUAAAAUCCUUCUCAUGCUCCGAGUGUGGAAAAAUCUUCAAAUCGAAAAAGAGUCGGUAUUUACACAUAGCAAAGAUUCAUAGAAACGAACCUGCGUAUUCUUGCAAUAAAUGUGACGAGGUUUUCUUCUCCUACCAUUUAAGAUAUAAGCAUAAAAUCGAAGAACACGGCGAGCAUCGAGUGUUUCCCUGCGAGAACUGUGACAAAGUGUAUAACAGUAGGAAAUCAUUAAGGGAACACAAUCGAAAGAGCCAUUUACUACUACUUAAACACGAAUGCAGUCAGUGCGAGCGGAAAUUUUAUCUCCCAUCUCAACUGAAAGACCAUAUGACGUCACACACAGGCGAGAGGAACUUCAGGUGUGAAUACUGUGGUAAGAGUUAUCCGAGACUUAAGUCUCUGAAAGUUCAUAUGGACUCGCACAAUACAGAGAAGAGGUAUAAAUGCGGCCUGUGUGCGGCGUCGUAUACACAGUUGAAUAAUUUUAAGAAUCACAUGAAAAGCAAGCAUCAGUCUAUGGAGAAUGGUAGUCAAUUUUCAUGAUCGACUCAUGGUCAGCAACAAUCAGGAAACAAGUUGCCCUGUUAGAAAGGCUACACAUGAGCAGCGAAGUAUGUGGAGACGUUAUUUAAAAUCCACUCAAAAAAUUGGAAAUAUGUUCUUCACAAUAAAUCAUGUUUGAAAUAAACACUUUGUCUUAGGAUUUAGAAUAAUGCUAUUUUGCCUCUCCAUUAAAAAUGCAAAUAAAUCCAAUUUUAUUGAAAAGUA